AUGGAGAAAGAUGUUCGGGAUAACUGGGAGAACCCCACGCAGUUCAUCCUGGCCUGUGUUUCAUAUGCAGUAGGUCUGGGGAACGUCUGGAGGUUCCCCUACCUUUGUCAGAUGCACGGUGGAGGUGGGUUCUUGAUACCCUAUCUCAUUAUGCUGCUUCUGGAAGGUGUGCCCUUGUUCUACUUGGAGCUUGCCAUUGGUCAGAAGAUGCGUUUAGGCAGCAUUGGAGCAUGGACUGCAAUAAGCCCUUAUUUAGGAGGACUGGGCUACACUACGGUUGUGUACUUCACAGCAACAUUUCCAUACGUUGUUCUAUUUAUCUACUUGAUUCGUGGCAUGACUCUUCACGGCGCUGUUAAUGGAGUCAUAUACAUGUUUACACCUAAGAUGGAAGAACUUGCCAAACCUACUACUUGGAUCAAUGCAGCAACUCAGAUCUUUUUCUCCCUGGGUUUGGGUUUUGGAUCACUCAUAGCUUUUUCCAGCUACAACGAGUACCACAACAAUUUUGAACGACAGGCCAUCAUUGUCUCUCUUAUUAACAGUGCAACAUCCGUCUUUGCUUCUAUUGUCACCUUUGCCAUCUAUGGAUUCAAGGCAACUGUCAACUAUGAGAACUGCCUGAAGAGGAUGCGCACUCUGCUGCUAAACACUUUCAGCCUGUCAGAGGACAGCAUUACUGUGGACAAUGUUUUUGAGUGGGUUGAGAGGCUGAACAUAACUUAUCCUGAGCAGUUUGCUCAACUUAGUGGCAGACUGGAAGAGUGCAAACUCGAGGAGGAACUAAACACCGCAGUAGAGGGGACGGGUCUGGCCUUCAUUGUGUACAGUGAAGCCAUAACCAACAUGCCGCUGCCUCAGCUGUGGUCAGUGCUGUACUUCAUAAUGCUCCUGCUGUUGGGAAUGGGCAGCAUGCUGGGAAAUGUCACAGCCAUUAUCACCCCACUACGAGACUUCAAGGUGAUGUCCCGCAUGAGCAACGAGCUCUUCAACGGUAUUGUUUGUGUAUUCUGUUUGCUGCUGGGUCUGGGCUUCACCACUACAUCAGGAAACUACUGGUUCACCAUGUUUAACGACUACGGAGCCACUUUCUCUCUACUGUUCAUCGUCCUCAUUGAAGUCAUCACCGUCAGCUACUAUUAUGGGUUCAAAAGGUUUGAAAAGGAUAUCGAAGACAUGCUUGGUCAUCGUCCCAACUGCUACAUCCAAGGAGGAACACCAAUGUACCAAGCAUGGAACAAAGACCUGGGGUCCAAGCGAGCCGAGCCGGCAUGAAACUUGAUCCUAGAACACUAUUUGUCACUGAUGGGUCGAGGGAGG